UCGUCCCCGGCGCUGCCCAGAAGCUUCGCGUCUGUGAAUCCUAAUCUGAAGAGCAGCAUCCCCCCCUUGCCAAGGUCCCCCGUGUUGCUCAUCGGUGUGCUCGGGGGUGCGCCUGCUGGCACCCACAGGGGCGAGCCCAAGGGGUUGCGGGUGGCGGUGAGCGGGCGCGCCGGGCCGCCGAGUGCUUCAGUUCUCUCGAGGGCGUAGCUCAGAGUGCACCGCGCGCGGCGUCCGGCCUGACCGGGGGUGUCACCGUUUCGACUUUAUUUUCCAAGCGUAGACGACUACGCGAGAGGUCGUGUCUUCCGAUCAAGUGCGUGGCAACAUGGGGUCUCCCGCCACAACCGCCCAGGGCUUCGACGUGCUGAGCAACGAUAAGUAUGGCAGGUACGCGGUCGCGAGCAAGGACCUACCCGCCGGCGAGGUCCUGGUGAGCGAGCUGCCCUUCGCCGUCGGCCCCAAGCUGGACACGUACCCGCUGUGCCUGGGCUGCCUGGCGCCCGUGGACGCCUCGGCGCUGUGCUCGGCCUGCGGCUGGCCCGUCUGCGACGCGGACUGCGAGAAGCUGGCGCUGCACGCCGACAACGAGUGCGCCGUGUUCAAGGCGGCGGGCGUGCGGUUCGCGGUGCCGGCCGAGCCGGGCGCCGGGACCUGCCCGCAGUACGAGUGCAUCACGCCGCUCAGGGUGCUCCUCGCCAAGGAGAAGGACCCCGCUCGCUGGGACAAGGAGGUGAAGUUGCUGAUGACGCACUCGGACAAGAGGAAAGCGAACCCCCAGUGGGGCGCCAACCAGGUGAACGUCGUGGACUUCCUGCGCAAGAAGUGCAAGGUGGAGUCAAGGUUCUCCGAGGAGGCGAUCCACGAGGUCAUCGGCAUCCUGGAGGUGAACGGGUACGAGGCGCGGACGCCGAGCGGCAGCAUGGUGCUGUGCCUGUACCCGCGGGCCGCCAUCAUGGCGCACAACUGCGUGCCCAACACGGUGCACUGCAUCACGCCGACUAACCAGGCGGGCGAGCGCUACCGCAUCGUGGUGCGCACCGCGGCCGCCGUGGCCAAGGGCAGCAUGCUCUACACCUCGUACGCGCACACCCUCGACCCGACCAUGCUGCGCCGCGAGCACCUCCAGCUCAGCAAGUUCUUCGACUGCGACUGCGCGCGCUGCGCCGACCCCACCGAGCUGGGCACCCACAUGAGCUCGCUCAAGUGCACCAAGUGCGACAACGGCAUCAUCCUGUCGACCAACCCGCUCGGUGAGUACGAGUGGUGGCCGGCGGCCGGCUCAAGGAAG